CUUCAGUGUCGGAGGUGUUCACUGUAUGUGUUAUGCGAGGAUGCAUUGGGUGUUUUGAGUAUGUGGAGGACAUUGUAUCAGUUAUUGUAUGUAAUUUAUGUUCAUUUUAUGUGCUUAUUAUUCGGAGUCAUCAUAGUUCGUCUGGUUGAAUAUAUUGUGUCUGAAAUUCCUACUAUUUCUUCUAAAGUGCAAAGAAAAGGAAUAAGAAUAGAAAAUAGUUUCCAGUCAUGUCCUCUUGGAAGAAAGUUUCAAAAACAAACCAGCACGUUCAUCGUGAAAGACAUCAGCCAGAGAGCCGGGUACACCUGGGACUUCUUGAAAAAAAGAAAGAUUACCGCCAAAGAGCAAUAGACUAUCAUGAAAAGCAAAGAACACUGAAACUUUUAAAGAGACGUGCUUUAGAUCGUAACCCUGAUGAAUUCUACUUUCAUAUGAUUAACUCUCACGUAGAAGAUGGUGAACAUAAAGAGUUAGAAAAAGAUGAUGAACAUACUCCUGAUCAGAUACGUCUCAUGCAGAGUCAGGAUAUACGAUAUGUAACAACAAAACGCACAAUAGAAGCAAGAAAGAUUAAUCGCCUUCAGUCGCAAUUACACUUGCUAGAAGCAGCUAACCAAUCCAAGAACACGCAUGUAUUUUUUGUGGACACUAAAAAGGAAGCAAAACAAUUUGAUGUAGCCAAACAACUUGAUACCCAUCCCGCAAUGCUGAAACGACGUAUCAAUCGACUGCGAACGGCUACCCUCAAGAACAUGUCACUUCCUGAGAUGGAUGAAGCAGCUUUAGAAAAAUUGACAGCAGAAAGGGACAAGGCAUACAUAGAAUUGGAGAAGAGAAUUGAUCGGGAAAAGGAGUUGAGAGUCAUUCAACAAAAACUAGAGAUAAAAAGACAUCUUCUGAAUAAAAAAGAAAGUAAGCCAGAAAGAAUAAAGCCAAGCACCAAGAACACUCCACCAAUUUAUAGGUGGAAAUAUGAAAGAAAACGAUGAGUUCAUUAAAUUUAUUUAAUUACAGUGAAUAUUCUUAAUUUUUACAAAGUUGUUCUGCAAGUAAUCUGUUAUAAUAUAAAGUAAUUGUGGAAAACUGCCUUAGAAUUUCCACCACUCAACCACAGUGUUGCAACUUUGCCUUACAGCCAAAAGUUGUCAGUAUUGAACCCUGGCAUUUUUUACAUUUUCCAUGUUAUAAGUUUAAUUUGAUAGUACCAAGGUUGACUGAAAAAAUAGUUACUGUUUUCUUCAUGAAUUUUAUUUUAUUAUUAUUCAAAUUGGUAUACAGCAUUGUAAGAACAUUCGGUGAUGUAUUCUAGGACAAUGUAGCAGGUUUUCCUUUUUUUUUUUUGGGGGGGGGGGGGUGCAUGGCAUGUGGAGAACUCUAAGACCAUGACCUACAUUAAAUCUACAAUGAAAUGUAAGAUAAUUACAUUCCACAAUUUUUAUAAUAACCAACAUUUCCAGUAAUUUUUCCUAGUAUGUGGAGUUUCCUUCAAAACAGGUCAUGUUCACUGCUACUCAAAUUUGCGUACUGUAUAUGAUAUAGAACAAAAUUAACGUAACCAAAAUAGUAUAUAAUACAUUAAAACUUCGAAGUAUGCAGAAUUAUCAGAGAUUACCGUACUAUGAACAUAUACAUUUUUAUUGCUCUUUCUCAUCAAAUUUUUUUACCUAAACUUAAUUAGUGAUCUGACAUUAGACACUCCUGAUUUCUCUUCAUCGCUAAACCAGAACUAUUUGACACCAGAGUGGCGGAUACCUGGUAAUGGUACAUUGUAAUAC